GUUGCUUUUUUCUUCUUUAUUUUAGUUUGUUGUUGCAUUUCUGCUAUCAAAACAAUUAUUAGUCAUCCGCAAGCUAGACUGAAGCGCCAAUAGCACCAGACCGGAUGGAACCGCGAAAAUAAACAGCAAAAUUUACAUAAUAACAAAAAUAGAAAGGUUUGGCUUUUCUGGUUGCCUAAGUCUGAUGCCGUGAGGUCCGAAGAAGCAAUAAGAAUAAUGUAUGCGAGUUACGUAUUACUUAUGUUUAGUCGCACUUCUGUUGCUGGACUUCUUAAUUUUUCUUUUUGAACUUCGAAUGAACGGAAGAUUUCGUGAGAACCAUGUAAUGAAGAUAGUCGUUUUGUUGCCAUUGACUUUUAUCAGAUCGAUCAGGAACCGUUGCUCGGUUGAUCGAGUUCAGAAGGCCAUCCUAGGGCAUUGGCUUCUCUUUCUUGGGUUAUGCAAAAAUCGUCCGAUUUCGCUAAUUAUUCAAACAAGCAGCGAUGGUUCUUUUCGAAAAUUCUCCAUCGUCCAUCCGGCCGUACGCCUCUAAUUGCAGACCCAACAAUAUUAGCAUUCUUUCAUUGCGUAUUCCAAAUCUGUAGGAACAACCGGUACAAAUUUAAUACUCUUUGCGGCUAUAUAAACCAGGAUCUAUUAGACGUGUCGCGUUAUUUCUGUAAGAUGUUUGAUCAGCGUGUGUGCCUUUUGGUGACAUCCGUCUUGGCCGUGGUCGGGGCGCAAAUCCCGAGCCUGGGAUAUUGCCCGGAUUACGUGCCCAUGACUGAUUUCAAUAUGAACCGAUUUCUGGGCAAAUGGUACGAAACAGAAAGGUACUUCACUUUUUCCGAGGUGGCGAGUCGGUGCAUUGUCACGGACUACGCAAAAGGUCCUAGUGGGAGAAUUUACGUUUCCAACGAAGUCACUAACCGAUUAACGGGCGUGAAGAGGGUGAUCAGUGGUAAUUUGCAACUGGCCGGCAAACAAGAUGAGGGUAAGCUCAACGUAAAAUACACCACAUCGCCGAUUUCUCAAGAGACCACUCUCUCGGUUUUGGACACCGAUUACGACAACUUCGCAGUUGUUUGGAGCUGCACAGGAAUUGGCCCUAUACACGCACAGAACGCUUGGCUGAUGACGCGCGACCGUCUCCCAACUGGAGAAGUCCUUCAGAAGGCAUACGGCAUCCUGGAUAAGUUUAAAAUCAGUCGUACUUUCUUCAUAAAGACCGAUCAAGAGGGUUGCGCGGUGGCUGCUUCCGAAAUUAACGCAGCUAACGGUAUCACCGCUAUUUCCACGAUCCCCGAGGCCACUGGCACCGAGCAGAGAAUUGAGAGCGCUAAAGAGGUAGACACCACCGAGGAAAAGGCGACCACCGUUGCUGAACACAUCCUCAGCACUUCCACCAAAGAAACGUCUGGGAAAGACGGGCCAAGCGAGCCUCCAGUACGCCUUAUGACUUGCCUGAUGCACAUGCAGAAAAUGUUGCUGCUGCUGCUGCUUGCUAUGUUCGCGACUGGGGCCUUGGCGCAGGUGCCCUUCCUGGGCUCUUGCCCAAAUAUACCAACUAUGGACAACUUUGAUACCAAUAAAUACGCAGGUAAAUGGUUCGAGGCGGAGAGGUACUUUGCCCUUUUCGAGUUCGGCGGCAAGUGCAUCACGGGGGAUUACCACAUCAAGAAAAAUGGUGACAUUACCAUCAUAAACCAUCAAACAAGCGCACUGACAGGAAUACGCUCGACUAUCGAGGGUUUGGGCAAUAUGAUCGACAGAUCCGAUGAAGCUAAGCUAACCGUCCAAUUUCCUUCGCUUCCAGUAAGCUUUAGCGUACCAUAUUGGGUAUUAGAUACGGAUUACGAAAAUUAUUCGGUUGUAUGGUCAUGCACCAAUUUCGGCAUUUUCAGCGUUAAGAACGCUUGGAUUCUCACGCGUUCCAGAAAACCAUCUCUGGAGAGCAUGAAGAAAGCUUACCAUAUUUUGGAUUCAAACGGAAUCAGUCGCGCCUACUUUAUUAGAACCGACCAAGUUAAUUGUCCUUCUCAGUAUUAAGAGGAACAGAUCAAGUGAGAUUUAAUUACACAGU